UUGGGUCUCUUCUUUCCUUGGCUCAAUCUGGGGUACUACUGCGAACGCUCGGGUAGUGCCCCCCUGGAGACAAUUUUCUUCUUUGAAGGGCUUGCCACUUGCGCUGCGAUACACACUGCUGCGACCCAUUUACGGCAGUGUGGGGCUGCCGGUCCCAAGCGUGUGGCCGUUUUUACUGACAACUCCAACACAGUCGGAAUUUUCAACUCACUGCGGGCAACACCAGGUUAUAAUACCUUGCUGAAGUCUGCUGUCGAUGUCCGCCUCCAUUUUGACAUCGACGUCCGCGUUCACCACAUUUCCGGCUCCGACAAUCGUGUUGCUGAUGCCAUCUCUCGCCGUCAGUUCACUGCCGCCCUUGCUCUCAUGCCUGGGCUCCGAAUUCUUCCGUUUACACCCCCUCGGGAUGCGUUGGGGGCG